UCAGAGAUUGCUGUUGGUGUUAGACGCACGCCGAGUUCAGCUGCCGGAGAUUUACGGGCCCGGUGUGGCAGCUCCAUCAGCGAGACGUCAUAAAGUGUGCCAUUCGCUCACAAAAAACCAAGUAAAGCGUCCAGCUGGCUAGCGGUGCUAUGGAUAUGCCGUAGCUCUCAAUUGCGUUCUUUCGCACAGCCUGUUCGGCCCGGUUUCCGAUCCUGUGCUCACUUUCGUUCCAACAGCGUUUCGAUGGAAGGUGCGACUCUAGUUCUGCUGAGCGGCCUGCUUGUGAACUCCUAACGUUGAAUUGUGCGCCAAGGAAAUCGCCACAACCAAAAGUCUUCGUGGAAGUGACGGACAAGUUUUGGCAACGCCCGUUCGCAAUUGGCCUUGAUGUAGCCCGUCCUGCGGAAAAAAGCAGGAACCAAGCCGCCCCGGCUUGAAUAAACUGCAUAUUCACUUGUGCUGCGCACGUGCAAACACAUCAAAUAUGUGCGACUUGAUAGGCACUUCGAGCUUGCUCCACAUUGGAGACAUAGUGUCUCUCUACGCCGAGGGCACUGUGUCCGGUUUCCUGUGUACAUUAGGCCUGGUCGAUGACCGGUGCGUGGUGCAACCAGAGGCUGGGGAUCUGGCCAACCCACCCAAAAAGUUUCGAGAUUGCUUGUUCAAGAUGUGCCCCAUGAACCGGUAUUCGGCCCAGAAGCAGUUCUGGAAAGCAGCCAAGCAAAGUGCCUCCAGCGCUACAGAUGCCGUGCUGCUGAAAAAACUGCAUCACGCUGCCGAGUUGGAGAAGAAGCAGAAUGAGAGUGAGAAGCGUAAGCUGGUGGGAGAAGUGGUACAGUACGGAGGGGUGGUGCAGCUGCUGCACGUAAAGAGCAACAAGUACCUGACUGUGAACAAGCGGCUGCCUGCACUGCUCGAGAAGAAUGCCAUGCGGGUCUCCCUUGAUGCCAAUGGCAAUGAGGGAUCCUGGUUCUAUGUCGUCCCCUUUUACAAGCUGCGCUCAACUGGUGACAGUGUUGUGGUGGGUGACAAAGUGGUGCUGACUCCAGUGAAUGCAGGCCAGCCUCUGCAUGCCAGCAACCAAGAGCUGCCUGACAAUGCAGGCUGCAAGGAGGUCAAUGCUGUCAACUCAAAUACGAGUUGGAAGAUAUCGCUGUUCAUGGAACACAAGGAGAAUGUGGAGGAUGUACUCAAAGGGGGAGAUGUGGUGCGCCUGUUCCAUGCGGAGCAGGAAAAGUUCCUUACGAUGGACGAGUACCGAAAGAAGCAGUAUGUGUUUCUACGAUCCACGGGACGCACCACUGCGACUGCAGCCACCAGCUCCAAAGCCCUGUGGGAAGUUGAAGUGGUGCAGCACGACCCCUGUCGCGGUGGGGCUGGCCACUGGAACAGUCUCUUUCGCCUCAAGCACCUUGCAACAGGCCAGUACCUAGCUGCUGAGGUGGAUGAAGACCCGACCCCUGACCCAACUCGGGCUAAGUUGCGGGGUCCACCGGGGAGUCCUGUGUACUGCCUCGUAGCUGUGCCACAGAGUAGCGACAUUGCCUCUAUCUUUGAGCUGGAUGCGACCACACUCUCCCGUGCUGAUGACCUGGUACCUCAGUCUUCGUACGUGCGCUUGCGCCACUUGUGCACCAAUACCUGGGUGCACAGCACAGCCAUUCCCAUCGAUAGAGAAGAAGAGCGCCCAGUCAUGUGGCGGCUGGGCUGUGCACCAGCCAAGGAGGACCGGGAGGCCUUUGCGGUGGUGCCUGUGUCGGCUUCCGAAGUGCGCGACCUCGACUUUGCCAAUGAUGCUUGCCAGGUACUGCAAACACUUGUCGGUGCUUUGGAAAGUGGCCGUUCAGGUGUCACGGAGCGCCGUUCACUACUACAACUGCUUCAGGAGGUGAUCUACUUCACUGCCAGUCGUGAGGGAGACCCAAACAAAUCGGAUCCUCUUGAGCUGGUGGUGACAAAGCCCAACCGGGAACGACAGAAGCUUCUGCGUGAGCAGAAUGUGCUUCGGCAGUUGUUCCACAUUUUGCAGGCGCCAUUCACAGACAAUGGCCAGGGCCCCCUACUGCGGAUGGAGGAUCUUGCUGACCCACGCUAUGCCCCCUACAAACACAUGUGCCGUCUUUGCUAUCGCAUCCUGAGACUCUCCCAGCAGGACUACCGCAAGAACCAGGAGUACAUUGCCAAGUGGUUUGGCUUCAUGCAGAAGCAGAUUGGCUAUGACGUGCUGGCUGAAGAUACCAUCACGGCACUUUUGCACAGCAACCGCAAGCUUCUUGAGAAGCACAUUACAGCAGCUGAAAUCGAGACAUUCGUCAGCUUGGUGCGGCAAAACCGGGAGAGCCGUUUUCUCGACUACCUUUCAGACCUGUGCAUUUCCAACAAGCAAGCCAUCCCUGUCACCCAGGAGCUCAUCUGCAAGGCUGUACUUUCGCCCCACAAUGCUGACAUUCUGAUAGAAACCAGGGUGGUCCGCAGCCAGGUUGAGCUGGAGAUUGAGGGGGGCCCACCUACGUUGGCGGUGGAGGAACAGGUGCUACUGCUGUGGGACAGUGGCCGGGAGGCUCGCAGCAUCGUGGAGUUGGCACAAGACACCGAGUGCCCGAGCGCACGAGCCACGCUUGACUACUACAGGCACCAACUCGACCUGUUCUCGGGCAUGUGUUUGGACCGGCAGUACUUGGCCAUCAACAGCCUGUCUCCUCAUCUGGACAUUGAGCUGAUCCACAAAUGCAUGGCAGAUGAAAACCUGCCAUAUGAGUUGCGGGCGGCCUUUUGUCGGCUCAUGCUGCACAUGCAUGUGGACAGGGAUCCCCAGGAGCUCAUCACACCUGUCAAGUACGCACGCCUCUGGUCCGACAUUCCUGAGCAACUUUCCAUCCAGGACUAUGAUGCAAAUCGUCAUCCUGACUUGGGGAAGGAAGCAGUUCAGCGCAAGUUCAAGCCCACUAUCACCUUUGUGGAGGACUACCUGUGCAAUGUUGUUGGACAUGUGUGGUCUUUUGCAGAUCGGGAACAGAACAAGCUUACCUUCGAGGUCGUCAAACUUGCUCGAGAGCUGAUCUACUUUGGCUUCUACAGCUUCAGUGACCUUCUUCGUCUCACCAAGACACUGCUUAACAUUCUUGACUGUGUACCUGAAGCUGCCAUAGCCAAUGCCCAGGGCAGCGUAUUGAAGUCUCUGGGAGAUGUGGGCACAGUUGUCACAAACAUGGUGCUUGGAUCUAACACCUUGGCCAAAACACCUGCACCAACACCACGAAAAAGUGCUGCUGAAGACACCCUUGUUAUGGACACAAAACUCAAGAUUAUCGAAAUCUUGCAGUUCAUCCUGAAUGUAAGGCUUGACUACCGCAUCACGGGGCUACUGACCAUCUUCAAGCGAGAGUUCCAGCAAAGCCACGAGAAAGAUGAUGAGACCAUUGUUGUUGGCGAAAAAGGUGUUGACAUGGAGCGGAUUGGCAGGGAGGCAGAGGCCAUCUUCGGAGGCACGGAAGACUUGGGUGAUGUUGACCUGGAUGGCGAGGGGGGACGCACAUUUCUGCGAGUGCUGCUACACCUGACUAUGCACGACUACCCUCCUCUUGUGUCAGGGGCCCUUCACCUGCUUUUCAAGCACUUCACCCAGCGUCAGGAGGUGCUGCAGGCAUUCAAGCAAGUGCAACUGCUGGUGUCUGCCAGUGAUGUGGAUAACUACAAGCAGAUCAAGGCUGAUUUGGACAAGCUGCGCAACCUGGUGGAGAAGUCUGAACUGUGGGUGUUCAAGGCCCGUGAUGAGGACCCUGACCAUGACCAGGAGCUUGACAAGAGACUUGUGCUGCAGGGUGAUUCACUGCGACCCGAGCUGAUUCCUGUGAAGGAGGCUGGAGAGCAUGAAGGCUCAGCUGUAGCAACUGACAACUACUCAAUCAUUCGAGAAAUCUUGGAGCGCUUCACCAAGUUGUGCUACCAGAUUGAGGCUAGUGGCAAGAAGAAACAGCGCAAGCACGAGCAACGCCUGCUUCGCAACAUGGGAGCACAUGCUGUGGUUCUUCAGCUGCUGCAGAUUCCCUAUGACAAGAAAGAAGACAUACGAAUGGGUGAAGUGAUGCGGUUGGCGCACGACUUCCUGCAGCACUUUUGCCUGGGAAAUCACCAGAACCAGGGGCUGCUGCAUAAACACAUCGACCUAUUUCUCACGCCAGGGGUAAGCACUAGAGAAGUUUUCUUGCUGGAAGCUCAGACACUGUGCAGCGUUUUCAAGGACAAUGUAGCGCUGUGCAGCGAGGUGACUGAGCGAGUGGUGCAACAUUUUGUCCACUGCAUUGAGACCCAUGGCCGCCACGUGGAGUACUUGCGCUUCCUUCAGACUGUUGUGAAAGCAGAAGGCCAGUAUAUUCGAAAGUGCCAGGACAUGGUCAUGCAGGAGCUGGUGGGAGCCGGUGAGGAGGCCCUGGUUCUCUACAACGACAAGGGAUCCUCGGAGCAGCUGGUGGAGUUAAUGCGCUCCGAGAGGCAGCGGCUUGACCCUGGUGGACCACUGCGCUACCACAUCGAUUUGGUCCGGCUCCUCGCCAGUUGCACCGAGGGCAAGAAUGUCUUCACAGAGAUCAAGUGCCACUCCCUGCUCUCUCUAGACGACAUCUGCAGGGUUGUAUCGCACCCCGACUGUCUUCCUGAGGUCAAAGAUGCCUACAUCAACUUCCUAUCACACUGUUUCAUUGACACGGAGGUGGAAAUGAAGGAAAUUUAUGCAUCUCACCACAUAUGGACACUUUUCGACAACUUUCUUGUUGAUGUGGCCAUGGUCUGCAAUGCCACCCACGACAGACGUCAUGCUGACCAGCAGUUGGAGAACUAUGUCACGAAUACCGUCAUGAACAUCAUUACUACUUUCUUCAACUCCCCUUUUUCAGAACAAAGUGCGACUGUGCAGACUCACCAACCAGUAUUUGUGCGGCUCCUCCAGUCAGCUUUCCGAUUGUCCACCUGCACGUGGCUUGCACUUCAACAGCGAAUGAACGUUGAAGGCUGCAUACGCACCCUGGCAGAAAUAGCAAAGAGCCGUGGCAUUGCCAUUCCUGUGGACCUUGAGACUCAAGUGACAGCCAUGUUUGACAAAACUGCCCUGAUCAGCAAACACACGCGUGCCUGGCUUUCUUCUGCUCGGGCACCAAAGCGCGAGCCUGUGGAACCAUCACCACAGAGGCCUAACGAUGUGUCCCGCAGCCACCCAAGUGAUCGGACGGUGAUUGAGGUCCUGCAAGAGCUGGUGCUGGUGCUGGAAGAGCAGCUCAGGCCACUAGUACAGAGCGAGUUGUCUGUGCUGGUGGACGUUCUUCAUGAGCCACAGCGGCUGUUCCCUUCACGGCCACAGGCGCAGGCUCGCUGUGCCUCCUUUGUCUCCAAGCUGGUGCAGCACACACAACGCCUGUUGCAGGAGCGGGAGGAGGGGCUUUGCGUGCGUGUCCUGCAGACUUUGCGUCAAAUGAUGGCUGACACAGAACACGGAGAAAAGGGUGAAGCACUGAGGCAGAGCCUUCUUGUGCGUUAUUUGGGCACACCACCUAAGCAGCCACAGCCGAAGCGUGGCUCAACGGAAGGCCCACAGCUGCCGCAGCAGCAACAACAGCCGCAGCAGCUGCAACCCCCGCAGCAGUCGCAUCAGCCACAGACACCCCUGGGUCGUCCACACAGCCCACUGGCUGACGUCCAGAACCAGCUUGAUCGCGAGGGGGCCUCGGACCUUGUAGUGGAGCUGAUUAUGAUGAGCCCCAGCCUGGCCAUUUUUCUUGAGAGUGUCGAGCUUGGCAUUGCUCUCCUGCGUGGUGGAAACCCUGUCAUACAGAGGUCGAUGCAUGCAAAGCUGACUACUGGCAACAAUGCGGAGAAGUUCUUCAAGGUAUUUUUUGACAAAAUGAAGGCAGCACAACAGGAGAUAAAGUCCACUGUCACUGUCAGCACAUCUGACAUGGCUGCACGAGCGACCUCGGAAGAGAAAGAUCUGGUGCGCAAGGACAACCUCCGGGAAUCUCGCAGCCGCUCUCGAGGAGCGAAGGGGAGCCUGGUGGUGUCUGAAGAGCUGCGUGCCCAGUUAGAGGAUGCAGCGCAGGUCACGGGAAAAGCCUAUGCCCAUGUGCGAUCCACAGUGGGUGGCCUCAGUGGCGACGCUGUUGGCACUGGCCCUUUGUCUCCAACUGAGGAAAAUGAACGACCCCAAGAGCCUCGCUUGGCACCCGAGGUGUUGGUCAUGCAGCCAGUGCUACGUUUUCUUCAGCUGCUGUGCGAGAAUCACAAUCGAAGCCUGCAGGAUUUCUUGCGCAAUCAGUGUAACAAGAACAACUACAACCUGGUAUCCGAGACGCUGCUGUUUCUAGACUGCAUUUGUGGCAGCACCACAGGUGGCUUGGGCCUGCUUGGCCUUUACAUCAAUGAACACAAUGUGGAUCUUGUCAAUCAAACCCUCGAGACUCUGACAGAAUAUUGCCAGGGCCCCUGCCAUGAAAACCAGAACUGCAUCGCCAUGCAUGAAAGCAAUGGGAUUGACAUUAUCAUUGCCCUGGUUCUAAAUGACAUCAACCCACUUGGAAAGAAGCGCAUGGAUCUUGUCCUAGAACUGAAGAACAAUGCAAGCAAGCUGCUGCUGGCUAUCAUGGAGAGCCGAGGGGACAGUGAGAAUGCCGAGCGUAUCCUCUUCAACAUGAGCCCCCGGCAGCUAGUGGAGGUGGCGUGCAAUGCAUAUCACCAGGAUGAGGACGAAGAUGAAGAUGAUGACGAUGAUGAUGACACUGUUGGGGACAGUCGGGGUAUGGGUGGGGGAGACGGUGUGGGUGUGUCUCCUAAGGAGGUGGGUCACAACAUCUACAUUUUAUGCCACCAGCUUGCCCAGCACAAUCGAGACCUGGCUGGUCUGCUGAAGCCGCAUGAAAGUGCCGAUUGCAAGACAGCCCAGGCUCUACAGUACUACGCCUCCCAUACAGCACAGAUUGAGAUCGUGAGGCAUGAUCGCACAAUGGAGCAGAUUGUGUUCCCUGUGCCACAAAUUUGUGAAUUUUUAACGCGGGAAACCAAGGUUAAAGUGUACAACACAACGGAGCGCGAUGAACAGGGUAGUAAGGUGUCGGACUUCUUUGAGCGAACAGAAGACCUUUUCAAUGAAAUGAAGUGGCAAAAGAAACUGCGAGGUCAGCCAGUGCUCUACUGGGUGAGCCGGCACAUGUCAACAUGGAGCACUGUGGCCUUCAACUUAGCUGUGCUGAUCAAUGUCGUUGUGGCAAGCUUCUACCCAUUUGAAGGUGCAAAAGAACUGGACCCACGGCUGAGUGGCUUGAGUUGGGCACUGAUGCUGGUAUCUCUGGCAGCGGUGGUUGUGGCACCACGACCAUCGUCUAUAAGAGCAUUGUCCUGUGCCUGCAUUCUACGUCUCAUGUCCUGGCUAGGCCUACAGCCUACACUGUGGUUACUGGGCACAGUAAAUGUGGCCAUCAGCACGGUGCACCUCGUAAGCAUAGUGGGAAAUCACGGGACGUUUGCACGCAGCCUUGGCCACAUGCUGUCCGACAUGGAGCUUCUGUACCAUGUCUGCAACCUCGUUUUCUGUGCGCUAGGCCUACUUGGACACCCACUGUUUUACAGUGUGCUUCUGUUAGAUGUGCUCUACCAGGAGGAAACACUCCUUAAUGUCAUAAAGUCUGUGACACGUAAUGGCCGCUCUAUCAUUCUCACGGCUGUGCUUGCACUAAUUCUGGUGUACUUGUUCUCCAUUGUUGCAUUUCUGUUCUUCCGUGAUGACUUCCUCAUUGAAGUUGACAGCCGUGCUGUUCGGAACGUACCACGAGUUUCAGGCCCAGAAAGUGAACCACCAUGUCUUGAAGGUUAUUGCGAUGUAUCCGAGCGGCCUAAGGAUGCCAAGGAAUCUGAUGAUGAUGAUGAUGACACAACAACCGAACGAGCUUGCGACUCUCUCCUAAUGUGCAUAAUAACCACAAUGAAUCAUGGUUUACGGAACGGUGGUGGUAUUGGUGACAUUCUACGACCACCUAGUGCUAAGGAACCACUGUACUUUGCUCGAGUUGUGUACGACCUGCUCUUCUUCUUCGUGGUCAUCAUUAUCGUGCUGAACCUGAUCUUUGGUGUCAUCAUUGACACGUUUGCUGAUUUGAGAAGCGAGAAGCAGCAGAAAGAAGAGACCCUGCGUAACACGUGCUUCAUCUGCGGUCUCGACAGGUCAGCUUUUGACAACAAGAGUGUGUCAUUUGAAGAACACAUUCGAUGUGAACACAACCUUUGGCACUACCUCUACUUUAUUGUGCUGGUGCGAGUCAAGGACCCAACAGAAUUUACGGGUCCUGAAAGUUACGUGGACUCCAUGAUCAAGGAGAAGAACCUGGAGUGGUUCCCACGCAUGCGUGCCAUGUCACUUGCAGCAGAUGAAGCAGAUGGGGAGCAGAAUGAGAUGCGCACACUGCAGAACCAGCUUGAGGACACCCAACGUCUGGUUACCACCUUGUCUCGGCAGCUGGCCGAGCUCAGGGACCAGAUGACAGAACAGCGGAAACACAAGCAGCGCCUGGGGCUUUUGGCUCAUCCCAACUCUGUGCCAUUGGCUGCCACUGCCAGCCUAAGUGUGCACUGACUCUCCUAACUGCCAACCCACAAACAGCUCUCCUCACAAAGAAGGUCACCACGCGCACAGUGCGAGCCUGGAUGGGCCACCAACCUGAAAUGUGCUUGCUACAUCACUGCCUUGGUGGUGAUCAUGAGACUGGGCCAAGCAAAACGGACCAUGCGUCUUCCAUCGACACGACACGCAAGCGCCAUUAGAAUCACUCUGCUCUCUCGUUGCUCUUGGAACAUUUGUGAAGGAAAGGGACCACAUUUUCCUCCUGCUUUCCCACGUGCACACAAAAUAUUCUGGAUUAGUCUUUCAGCAGUCGCUUCAACACUUUACUGCCACGAUUUUUGUGGUGUCUUCUUUUUUUUUUUUUUUUCAGUAUUGUUGCUAGUAGAACUGCAUGUCAGAGAUGAGAGGCAAGAGUGGCACUGAUUGAAAAUUGUGUGGCGGUUGUAUACAAACUUCCUGGCAAAACAUUGACGUCAAGCAGACAGUGGUGCCUGCAUUGAAGCACAAGGUGAUUGGCUUUUUCUUCCUUUCCCUUUUUAUGUGGGCUUUUCCCACCUCUAUUAACAGGAAACAGAAUUUUUUUAUCAUCAAGUGCAAAAACUGCAUUGAACGUCUUAACUCGCAUUAUCUUAGUUUUUUCACUGCAUCUUAAUUUUUGAUGUCGAGGUAGUUUUAGAUUGUCUUUCACAAUGCAUGUGCAUCUAAACAAAGCUUCUUGCUGCAGUCAUCACGUAAUGCAAUAUUUUUUAUGUUCUGGUGACAAGCCGUAUUAAGUAAAGUGAUACGAGUCAAUUUUUGUACUUCGAGAUUUUCGUUUAGCACUUUUCACUGUGAUGGCUUGAGCUGCAGCACUCCUAAAGUGAAAUUUACACUAAACCUGUGUCGAACCCUCAACAGUGGCUUGGCCUUUAUUUUAGAAGACUGCACUACCACCGAAGCUUUCUAUCACACACUUCUUGAAGCAAAGUGGAGAAAAAUGUGUAGCUGGUAUUGCUUCACUGACCUUCUGAUCCUCUUUCUUUUUAUGCUUCUGCUGAUUGAAGGUUUCUUGCAUGCUUUAAUGACUGCAGUUCUCUCUGCAGUGUUUACUUGUCGGUGCUUUCAGUGUUUCAGAUAUUCAAUUCGAUAUGUUGUGUUCUAGCUUCCACUUGUUCUUUUACUGCACAUCUACACUUUUCAAUGCGAGAAUUUUAGACUGUUAUAGCAUUUUAUAUAUAUACAUUGCCAGUGCAUUUCCACAUUACUAUUAAGUCUUCACUUUUAAAUGUAUUUUUUCCCCCAAGGUUGGGUGCAGAUAUCCAUAAAGUUUUAACAAAUUUACGAACAAAUAUUUUUCUGGGAUGGCUCUAGACAUGUGAUGCUACUCCUAAUGGCUUAGUGCAAUUUACAAUCGUAAGAAAUGGCAGUAUUGCACAAGAGGUGCUACUCCGGCAUUAACUACAGUGAACUGUGAUAGCAGAUCACUCACAGCUACCUUUUCCAUUGUCUUUCUUAAUGAAUGUGUGGUUGAAAAAAUGUUGCUAUAGGCUGAUUUUUGCUCAUCUGUUUGUUUAAGCAAAGUGAAGCCUAUGAAAAAGCCUGUUAGCUGCAUAACAAAACCGUAUGUCAUGAAAUCUGGGCAUGAUGAAUGAAACUUCGAGUUGUCACAUUGAUUUAAAGUGGCUGCAUUUUCACAGAAGUCAUGGGCGGUGAAUUUAUGCCUAUAGUGAAUUACUCCGUGGCAUCUUUCAUCCCUGAAUGUUAAGGUCAGUGUCACCCAUGUUUUCAGCUUAAGUAUGCACAUUUAGCGGCCAUAGGUUUUCAGCUGUAUAUUUUGACUAAGUUUGUUACAACUGUGUCUCGAAUCGCAGGUAAUGAGUGUUUAGUUUUUGCAGUUGCAAAAAGUUUAACACAUAUGCACAUGAAAUGAGUGCUCCACUUUGCAACAUAUUCUUUCCUCCACUAGUCAGUGAACACGAGAGAGUGGUAUUUAUUACAGCACCCUGAUCAAAAAAUACUUUUUAUUGUCUUUUACAAGUGUACAAAGCAUCAAUAUAUACAUGUAUGUACUAUGUA